UUUACCAGUGUCUACAAGCAGUUUCGUAUAAUAAUUAACUGAUAUUAGAUUAAAGUACUCGUUAGAGAGACUAAUUUUUUAAUCUAAUUGAAUUCUUUAGAUGUCACUUAUAAUAAUCAUCGAUUGGUUCAAGGAUUCGUGUUGGAUGGGCAAGUCAUCAAAACAUUGUAGUGUAAUGGAACGCUGCAUUGAACUACGUUUUGUUAUUUUAUCGAUAUUUUCUUAGCAACCGUAAGAUCGAUUUAAUAAUAUACAAAAGUAUAAUAAUUCUUGUGUCUUUCCUAAUGUUAACAUGAAAAUUGAUAUAAAAUUAUGGAGAAUUUUCUAAACAAAGAUAUUUUCAACGAAAGUGACUUGGAUAAACUUUCACCGGACUAUAAACCUCGAAAUUUCGUAUUACGGAUGCAGAUGAGAAGAACUCUGGCUAAAGACAGUCACAACCAUGGUAUUCUUAAAAACACCAAUUUUACAAGGAAAUCUAUAAGGACAAAAGAAAGCUUUGCAAUUCACAAAGAAAUUGUGAAAAUACGAAACGAAUUCAAUAACAUUGAUUUAAAAAAUAGAGUAACCUUAAAAGGCCUUGAGCCUUUGAAAUUAAAAUCAACGGUUAACAACGAUGAUCCCUCCAUAUUUGAUAAAAGUCUAAAUUUGCACCAAGCCGAUGAUAAUUUCUGCAUAAAUGAACUUACUGAAGAAUUUACUGAAUUGGAAAUACGCAAUGAUAAUGAAUUUAAAAUUAAUCCUAAGAUAAAACCUCUUAAACACAUAAAGAUAUAUCGAGAAACUCAGUGCUAUCGGAAACCGAAAAACCGCAAUAGUGGUUUAUUAGAUCUACCUAAAGAUAUAAAUGAAAACAAUGAAGAUAUUUUUCGUGUAGAAUGCAAGAAUAAAUCUCAUAGCCCACAUAAUUUAGAUUACGAUAUACAUACAGAACAACCAGCUAUGAAACAAGAUUCACAGCGAAAUAUUAUAUCUAACAAUUUAGAUGUGCCAGUUAGUGAAUUGCAAAAUCUAUUGAUAAUGAUGGCUAUUUCUUCAAAACCAAAUGAAGUCGAAGAUCACCAUGAGGAAGUCGAAGUUAGUAAUGAAGUUGACACUCCAAAAAGCGAAAUACAUUCAAACGUUGAUAUUACUGAUAAAAGAUCUGUAUGCUCGGAGGGAAUUGAUAACAUAUUAAGUAUAACCCCAAUGAGGGUACAAAUUGGCAGCAAGGAAACGUACCUAAUGAAAAAAUAUAUUAGUAAGUGGAAAAGUUAUGCAAAAAAUAACAGGGAAAAGUAUGUCUCUGAACAGAGGCAAGAAACUUUAAACAAUUUCUUUGAGAAAAUUGCAAAGAAAAAGAUGGCAAUAAAUCAAUGUGCUGAAGCUGAAAAUAAAUCCAAAAUUUUGUUAAGGGAUUAUAACACGUAUCAACAUCGGUACAAAUUACAAAAGCAUAUCAUAGCUUUACAAAAGGCAAAAUUAGAAGAACAGAAUCGUUUAAUUGAGGAACUGAAGUAUAAUAGGAUCGUAGAAGCAUCACGCAAGUCUGUGGAUGAUAUGAGAGAAGAAGUACGUAAAACGUAUUAUGAAAUAGACAGGCAUCUUAAACCAAAGAUAAAGUGCUUGACUAACGAGUUAAAGAUUCCAGAAAUUGAAGAACCCUCGCUUAUAUUACACUGUUUGAAGGUACCACAGUUUUUACAAAGGAUGGAGAAGAGAGCUCGUGAGCGUGAAGAAAAGCAUGCAAUGAUUCGUGAGCGAAGACGACAAAUGGAAGAAGAAAGGAUUAGAAUGAAGCAGCAGGCGGAACUUGCAAAAGCAGAAAUGGAUAAAGAAGAAAAGAUGAAAAGAAUACAAGAACUGAGAGAUAAAAGGAGAAAAGAAAAAAUAGAACACAUUAGAAAGAAACAAUGGGCAUCUAGACUGAGAGCUCUCAUAGUUAUGGCAGAUUUACAUUACGAGAAAACUUUGAAAGCAAAAUAUGGAAUUCGGCCUUUCCGGAUACUGAUAGAAAUGAAGCGGGACAACAUAGAAAAAGCAAAGGCCCAUUACAUUUUUCAACUUAAAAAUAACACAUUUUUGCAUUGGUUGUGGUAUACUGAAGAUAUGUGGAUAGAAAGAAAUUUCAAAGCAGAAAACUAUUGGCGUAAAAAACUGUUAGAAAAAGCAUUUGAAGCCUUUAAAAGGAAUCAUCAUGGGCUCGUUUUGAAAAAACAAGUGGCUGAUGACUAUUACGAUUUGUAUCUAACACAGAUGGCAUUCAGGAUGUUCCGUGAAGGAAUAAAUGUGAUUAGAAAGGAAAAUGAGAUUAAAUGGCAAAUAGCUGUUUUAUAUCACAGCAGCAACCUUCUCUUUAGAACAUUUACGUGUUGGAGAACGCUACCAGCUUUGAAUGCACUGAAAAGGGAACAGGAAGCACGGAAAGCAAGAUGGCGAGAGAAAGUAUUGCAAGUUGUACCUGAUUACACGCCACCUGAAGAUUAAUAACAAUUGGAAUUUUACAUUUAUUAUUUUAAGUAGUACGUAAGGUAUAUUUAGCCUAAUGGUGAAUAAACGAAUCUCAUGAACAGAACCACCAGAAGUCUGGAUCUGGACGAGUCAACAAUGAAAACGAACGAACAAAAAAGCGGCCGCUAAAUCACAUCGAUCGUAGUCUAUAGAUAUUUACUUAUUAAUUUUAGUUAGAUUUGUAAGCAGGUUGUAAUUUGUUUUUUUUUCAGUAAUAAUUAUUUUAUUGUAUGUAAUUUUCAGUUCAUAUUCACUUUUGGCGUUUAAGCACAAU